AUGAACCUCCUCGCGCUGCCCUUGGAGCGUGACCAGAUCUUCUCCAUCAAGCGGCGUUUCCCAGGCUUCUCUGGGAAGGUCCCCGAAGAGGCAGCAUUCUGGUCAGAGGCAGAUCUGGAAGCCUACUUCGGUAGCAAUGGUCAGAAAAAACCGCGAGAGACAUCGAGACCGGGCACCGAGACCUGUUCUCUCCUCUCGCGGGUGAGGCUUGAGCUCGCCAAGCAGAAGAUUGACGAGCCGACAAUCGAGUAUGCUGCAUUCAGUCGGCACUUGCAGAGCCUGCGAGAGGACUGGUACAGGAAUGUGCGGUUAGCCAGCGUGGCAGAGUGCACAGAGGUGCAGCGCCUUCGGGGACUCAGCGGCUCUGCCGUGGAGUUUCCGGUGCUGCUUGAGAAGCAGCGAGAUUGGUAUGCACGCUUCUGGAAUCUGGAGUUCUUCAAGCGGGAUUGCGGGCACGACUAUUGGUUCUGCAGGCCGCAAUUCCCGGCUUUCGAGUGUGAUGAAGCAGCGAUAGACCAUCUGGUGCUCCACACCAACAUUGCAGAUUUCGUCGAUUUUAUUCGAACUCUACAACGCAUGGAUCGGAAGUGCGAACAGGACAAGAGCAUUGCGUUUCCACGGCUGAUUCUGGAUGGCUAUGCGCCUUUCUUUGGCGUUCUGAGGAAAUUCUUCGACGAAUGCUGGACAAAGCUGGGCCCUGAUGGCCUUCCAGACCUCACUCCACGGCUCGCACAGGCCUUCACACACGCCUUUGAUCUACAGGAUCCCAUGGAGACGCUGUCGAGGUUUUACAAGGUGACGAUUGCAGCCACAGGCUCCAUAACUCGUCUCCAUGUUGAGACCGCCGGCGCUCAUCUCUGGUUCAAUCAAAUUGAGGGUAGACGGGUGUUCUUUCUGUUUCCUCCGUCCGAGUCCCGAAAGCUGUACGAAGAGACAGGAGGGCCAAUGCAGGAGACCAGUGGCUUCGCGACGAGAGUCAGCGGCGUCGACCUCUUCGCCCCAAGCGCCAAGCGCCAUCCGCUCUUCGCUGAGGCCCGCUGUCAGGUGGCGGUGCUGUACCUCGGUCAGACCUUAGUCAUCCCUUCCGGAUGGUGGUGGUACUCCGUGGCCCUGGACCCAUCUGUCACGCUGUGGCAUCAGUUCUGGACCGACGAGAACAAGAGCCAGUUCCCGGAGAUCGCCUGGGAGUAUUUUAACUACCAGAAAAUGACACCAGAAUUCUGGGCGGCGCUUCCGAGGAAGAUCGAGCGCCUGCGGGCGGCGGGCCUGUAUAAACGGAUCCUUUUGGGUCGAUAUUGUUAG